AUGAACACAAAUGAAGACGUUGUAAUGAAUAGUAUCAACCAAACAUUGAUGACCCACUCAGAAGCUUUCGGAAUCAUCUUUAAACAUAUUGAGAAUUUCUCAAAAACAUUGGACGGAUUAUCUAACCACAUCAAUAAUCGGAAACAAAAGGUAAAGUCAGUUAAAUUAGUCUCCGACAGCAACCAACCAAUUAAACCUAAACAACCUCUUCCUCCAAAAACAACACUCAUAGAACAAACUCCAUCCCCUGCACAUCCUUAUCGAACUGAUGGACCAUCAAACCAAAUAUCUAAAAACAAAAAUAUUACACAUCCAACAAACAAAUCGAAAAUCAACAAUCAAAAUAAGACAACAAACUUCAUCACCAACACAAACCUCACCAAACCAAUUGAAACAAGCACAAACCUCAUCAAACCAAUUGAAACAACUUCAAAGCCCCAAAGUCAACCCCAGCUUCAAUCUAAGAGCCCACCUAUCAACACCAGCUUCAACCUGAAUGAAUCGCAAUCGUCAUACUUGCAAAUAGCCAAGACAGCCAAGAACAUUACAUUUGAUCCAACAAAAAAAACUCCGCAAAUCAAAUCCUACAAUACAACAACAACCAUGUACCCUCCUGCUAAAAGAGCUAAAACAAUUAACUAUUCUCACUGUGUAUCUAUUUACCUCAGUAAGCAUAUCGACUCAGACAUCACUGAAUUUAUUACAGAUGCAGUCAAAGAAAAACUUACAUCAUGGUACAUACCUAACGACAAGACGCACGUACUCCAACUUGUCUGUAACAAUCAUGAAGAUUAUGUAUCAACCUUGGGAAUUUUAAACUCACAAUCAACAAGAGACUCCAGUCCAUUCAAAUACGUUGUGACUCCUAUGAAUUUCUCACCAGCUGAACACACCCUCAAAUAUCAUACUUCAUCAUAUGACGAGAUGAUGAAGUAUACUACCACAUUAUCAAAAAUUUUUGGAAAAGAACUAAUGGAGUUAAAGAAACUAAUACCAGUUAUGACAGAGUCCAAAAGCUUUAUAAAAUCAGAAUAG